AUGGUUAGAAAUUAGAGUAGAAAAGGGUACGAAACGAUGAAUGGACUUAGGAAGGAAGUGAAUUGAAGGUGCAGUGAGGGCAAAAUGGAAGGGAUUAUUCAGAUCCGAUCAGUGCUGCUACUACUAUCCAUAACCAUGGCAUCUCUCACUCUGGCUGUGGCCGAUGGCGUUUCUCGAGAAGAAGCUAAAGAACUUCGAGAUGAGGUUAAGGAUAUGUUUUAUCACGCCUUUAAUGGAUACAUGGACCACGCUUUCCCCCUCGAUGAAUUGAGACCUCUCUCCUGCGCAGGACAUGAUACGCUUGGUGGCUAUGCGUUAACCUUGAUUGACUCUUUAGACACUUUGGCUUUACUUGGUGACCGCCAACGAUUCUCUGCUUCCGUUGAAUGGAUUGGUAAAAAUCUUCGCUUUGAUAUAAAUAAAACGGUUUCUCUCUUUGAGACUACUAUCAGGGUCCUCGGAGGAUUACUUUCAGCUCAUCUUAUUGCCACUGAUUAUGCUUCGGGCAUGAGAGUUCCGUUGUAUGAUAAUCAGUUACUAAACUUAGCUGAAGAUCUUGCCAGGAGGUUGUUACCUGCAUUUGAUACCCCUACAGGAAUUCCAUUUGGAUCUGUAAACUUGUUACAUGGAGUUGAUAAACAUGAAAGCAAGAUAACUUCAACAGCUGGUGGUGGGACCUUGACUCUUGAAUUUGGAGUUCUAAGCCGAUUGACAAAUGAUCCUAUUUUUGAACAAGUUACCAAGAAUGCAGUGCGUGGACUUUGGGCACGGCGUUCAAAGCUUAACCUGGUCGGUGCUCAUAUUAAUGUUUUUACAGGUGAAUGGACACAAAAGGAUGCUGGGAUAGGAACUAGUAUUGACUCUUUUUAUGAGUAUCUAUUGAAGGCUUAUUUAUUAUUUGGAGAUGAGGAGUACUUGUAUAUAUUCCAAGAAGCUUAUGCUGCUGCCAUGCAUUAUCUUUACCAUGACCCUUGGUAUGUGGAAGUGAAUAUGGAUUCUGCUGCUAUUGUCUGGCCAUUAUUUAACAGCCUGCAGGCAUUUUGGCCUGGCCUUCAGGUUUUAGCUGGAGAUAUCAAUCCCGCAAUUCGCACCCAUGCUGCCUUCUUGAGUGUCUGGAGAAGAUAUGGUUUUACUCCUGAGGGCUUUAAUCUUGCUAGUCUCAGUGUUCAGCAUGGGCAGAAGAGUUACCCGUUGCGGCCAGAGCUAAUCGAGAGCACCUAUUGGCUAUACAAAGCUACCAGAGAUCCUAGAUAUCUCGAUGCUGGGAGGGACAUGGUUGCUAGUUUACAGUAUGGAACUCGAUGCCCUUGUGGAUAUUGUCACAUUUCUGAUGUUGAGAAUCACCAACAAGAAGAUCACAUGGAGAGCUUCUUCUUAGCUGAGACAGUCAAGUAUCUGUGGCUUCUGUUUGAUUUGGCUGUGGGUCCUGACAAUCUUGUGGAAAAUGGGCCUUACAAGUACAUAUUUAGCACUGAAGGUCAUUUACUGCCUGCUACUCCUCAAAUCUCCUUAGUGAGGGAACAUUGUUUAUACUAUGGGGCUUAUUGUAGAAGUGGUGAUUUGAGACAAACAUACUUUGUGCCAGAGUCUGACAAAGAUAAGAAAGAAUCCAAUGAUACUGGAUUUUAUGAGAGUUGGACUAAACCUACUUAUUCUUCGGACUACACUACUGUUGAGCCAAGUGCUGUUUCAGGUUUGAUCAAGGGUUUCUGCCCAGGAUUAAAUCAUGGACAGAAGUUUGGUAUAUUAUAUGCCUAUCCAACUGAUGAACGUCAUGAUUAUGAAACCAACCAAGUCCAACAGAAAGAAUCAACUACUGCUGUGCAACUGCAAAGCCAUUCAGUAUUGGUUCUCCGUGACCAGAGUUCUGACAAUUUGCUACCAGAAGACAAUAGCAGUAAUCAUAAUGAUAGUCAGACAAAUGAAUCAAGCGAUACUCCUUGAAGUAGGAAUUAUAAGAUCUCAGUUAUGCAAUAGGAUUGGUGGGGAAGAAUAUACUCUUCAACUUCAAAGGGUUGUACUUCUAAAACUCGGGCAGGCUCACCCACCUGAAAUUUAAAUUCAAGUUUUGUUAGUCUGUCUAAUUGAGAAAGUAUGCAUUUGAUAAUUUCGGCAACUGUUGAUACAGAGAGCAUGGAGCUGAAAGAGUUAAAUUAUGGAUGAACUGACCCACUAAUAUCCUGCCUCCUAAUCAUCGGGCACAUGUAUAAGAAUGUAAUGUAAUUAUUUUUGUUGUAUCAUUUUUCCUAAGGCUCUUGUAAACCUAUUGUGAGAGGUUUAAUCAGUGUACAUGACAUAGGUAUUAUCAGAUUAUUGAAUUUAGAUCAUAAUUUGAAUUGCUGAUAGAAGA